UUUUUUUUUUUUUUUUUUUUUUAAGAGAUGUGUUCCAGAUCAAUAUUGAAAUACAGUCCCUGCUCCAAACCUCACCAAAGUUUAUGGCAGGUCAGCGAGACUUGGCUCAGACCAUGACUUUUUUAACAUCAUUUUUUCUUCCAAACAUUUUGAGCUACAGAGCAAUUGUAACUUUCUUACGCUGUACAGAAUGUAUACUUCAAAAUUACCACAUUAAGGAGCUGCUGAGUGUCUGCAAUCCUUUGGUGCGAUCAAAAAGGAGAACACGAAGAAAUCGAAAGAUAAACUAGAAAGGAUACCAUACAAGAAGUCAAAGGCAUCUAAAGAUUUCUUUUGAGAAGCAAAGUGACACCUAAAGUGGUGAGGGAAAAAGAAGACAUAAAGUAGGUCAACGGUGAAUGUAAAAGAGAUAUGAAGAGGCUCCUGUUGUAAUAUCAAAGUGCUUUGGUAAAUCAGAGUAAUGUGAACAGUCAGAAAGAAUAAUGUGCUGGAAAUCACAAAAUGUUUUUUAUCUGCCUGCAACUUACAUUAAUCAAGGUAUAGAAAUGAAAAUAUUACAAAAUCAUGUUCAUCUUGUUUUCACAGCCCUUUAAAUAUUUUAAUUAGAGGUAGGUAACAGCUGUGGUUAAUGGCUCUAGAAACUGGAGCUCUAUUUCCAUAGAACAGUAAAGUAUGCGUCCUUUCCAGUUGGAGAGAGAUUCAUUCAGCUGCCUGCUCAUUUAUUUUUGACUGUUCUAAUGAGAUUGCCAAAGGAAUUUCUCUUUGUGGUGCUGAUUAUAAAAAGUUAGUAUUUGCUGAUUAAACCAAAUUAUUUCACAAAGUCUGUCCCAUGGCAGCUGGGGGCUGAAGUAAAACCAGAAAAUUCAGGCAUCAGGAAAGACUGGAGAAGCACCAGCGUGGGCAGCAAAUUGCUGGAAGAUGUAUCUUUUAAAGGAUGUGCCUGCCACCCCUGAUCCGUAGCACAAACGCCAAGUGUCAUCUACUGAGUUCAGGCAGCUUCUGCACAGGCCAUGCUAAUGAUGGGAGAGAAAUGUUUCCUUGACAGGCUUUGGGCCGCCUCUCUGCCCGGGAUGCCUCCACGUCCAAGUCGGCUGGAAGGAGCUGCAGAGCGAUGCUACACCCUGUUUUUCUUGGGAGGGCGAGGGAAGCUGAGCCUGUGGUCGGAGUAGGCGGGAAGGACAAACCCAGCAGGCUGCCGAGGUCACCUCUGGCUGCAGAUCCAAGGCUCGGGCCCGGGUCCGGCAGCAGAUCCAGCAGAGCCGUCCGGCCGCUCUCGGGCGAGGCCGACCGGGCGGGCGGGGGAGGAGCCGGCGGAGCGGGGGAAAGCACGGCGGGAUGUCGGCCGAGGCAAUAGCCAACUACUUCAUUUUCUUAAAAUCCUUAAAAUCCAGAGGGCAGUUUGUGGUCGAGCAGCUAGAUGGAGCGGCUCCCAUGGGGAAGAGCCCCCGGGAGGCGGGCGGCGCGGGGGAGGAGCGAAGGGGCAGCGGUGCCGGCUGGGCGCCGCGGGGCCCGCCCUGCCCGUGUCCCGCUUCUUUUCCCUUCCUUUCCGCGGCCCGGCCCAACCCAGCCCGGCCGCGCAGCGCCGUGAGUCCCGUCCCACAGAGCCCCGUCCGGCCCCGCCGCCGCCGCCAUGUCGGGCGCGGGCGGGCGCGCCGCGCUGGCGCUGCUGCUGCUGGGGCUGCCCGGGCUGCCGCAGGCCCGGCCUCGCUACGAGCCCACCUGGGGCUCGCUGGACGCCCGGCCACUGCCCGCCUGGUUUGACGAGGCGAAGUUCGGCGUCUUCAUCCACUGGGGCGUGUUCUCGGUGCCCAGCUUCGGCAGCGAGUGGUUCUGGUGGUACUGGCAGAAGGAAAAGAGAGAACCCUAUGUGAAAUUUAUGGACACAAAUUACCCACCUGGCUUCAGCUAUGAAGAUUUUGGUCCUCUGUUUACAGCAGAAUUCUUUGAUCCCAACCAGUGGGCAGAUAUUCUGAAGGCUUCAGGUGCAAAAUAUGUUGUCUUAACUUCAAAACAUCAUGAGGGCUUUACUUUAUGGGGGUCCAAAUAUUCUUGGAACUGGAAUGCUGUUGAUGUGGGACCAAAGCGAGAUCUUGUUGCUGAACUAGCAGCAUCUGUUAGAAACAGGACUGACUUGCAUUUUGGGUUAUACCAUUCCCUGUUUGAAUGGUUCAAUCCUCUCUUCCUUGAGGAUGCCACCAAUGCCUUUAACACAAGCAAGUUUCCAACCAGCAAAUCAUUACCAGAACUCUAUGAAAUUGUGACCAAGUACCAGCCAGAAAUAAUUUGGUCUGAUGGGGAUGGAAAUGCUCCAGAUACUUACUGGAACAGCACUGGUUUCUUGGCUUGGCUGUAUAAUGACAGCCCUGUCCAGGACACGGUAGUGACCAAUGACCGCUGGGGAGCUGGCAGCAUCUGCGCCCACGGCGGCUUCUACACGUGCAGCGACCGCUACAACCCCGGGCACCUCCUGCCCCGCAAGUGGGAGAACUGCAUGACCAUGGACCGCAGCUCCUGGGGCUACCGCAGGGACGCGCGCCUCCGGGACUACCUCCCCAUCGAGGACUUGGUGAAGCAACUUGCAGAAACUGUGUCUUAUGGAGGAAAUCUCCUGAUGAACAUCGGGCCCACCCACGACGGCCGCAUCGCUGUUGUGUUUGAGGAGCGCCUGAGGCAGGUGGGCUCUUGGCUGAAGGUCAAUGGAGAGGCCAUCUAUGGAACGAAACCAUGGAGAGCACAGAACGACACUGUCACACCUGGAGUCUGGUACACUUUCACCCCUAAAGAAGGGAAAGUCAAUGCUAUCUUCCUUAACUGGCCAAUCUCUGGGAUUCUGGAGCUUGGUGAGCCACGGGCUAAGCUUGGAGAAACACAGGUGAAGCUGGCUGGAUACAGGGAGCUGCUGAAAUGGGUUGCCCUGGGAGAAAAGGGAAUGGUUAUUGCUCUACCUCAAUUGACUCCUCAGCAAAUGCCAUGUCAGUGGGGCUGGACCUUACAACUGACUCAUGUAGACUGAGCCAAUACUCUGCUGGAGUCCUGGCUAGCAGGGAGUGCUAAUGCUUUGCUCUUUCCUAUCACUGGUUUUAAACUUGUUUGACUGAGAA